AUGUGCGUAGGGAACGUGAGGAAGCUCGUGAAAGAUUAUUUCAUCAACGAACCUCUAUACCCCGAGAACAUUUUUCGUCAAAGGUUCCAUAUGCACAAGCAUAUUUUCCUUCGUAUUGUCGAAAGUGUAACAACUGAAGAUGAGUUCUUUACGCAAAAAUCGGAUGCUACUAGAAGGAUGGGUGCAUAUGCACUACAAAAAUGCAUAGCGGCUAUUAGAAUGUUGGCAUAUGGUUCAUCCUUUGAUGCUAAUAUUGACGAGUACCUGAAAAUUGCUUUAAGUACCGCUAGAAAAUGCCUUCUUCAUUUUGUCGAAGGGGUUGUUGCUAGAUUCGGACCUGAAUACUUGAGGGAGGCAAAUCAAAAUGGCAUUGAGCAUCUCCUACAUGAAGAAUAG